UUUAUUUACAUUAUAUUAAUAUUAUUUUCUAUAUUGCCAAAAAUAUAUGUUAUUAAAAGAUUAAACUAAAAUUAUAGGUGGGAAAAUACGCAAUAAUGGAAACCGUUGCUAAAGAUUUACGUGGUCUAAGAGCUUGUUUAGUAUGUUCUUUGAUCAAGACAUUUGAUCAAUUUGAAUUUGAUGGUUGCGAUAAUUGCGAUGAAUUUUUACGUAUGAAGAAUAAUAAGGAUAAUGUUUUUGAUUGUACAAGCUCCAAUUUCGAUGGUAUGAUUGCUGCAAUGAGUCCUGAGGAUAGUUGGGUUUGCAAAUGGCAAAGAAUAAAUCGGUUUUGUAAAGGUGUAUAUGCAAUAUCAGUAUCAGGACGAUUACCAGCAGGUGUUAUAAGAGAGAUGAAAAGCAGAGGAAUAGCGUACAGACCACGUGAUACAAGCCAAAGAUAAUUUCAAAAUUUGUAUUGUUACUACCAUGUUUUCUUGUAAUAUUAUUUAUUAGAAUAUUGUAAUUAUUUAUCUUGUAUUUGCACUAAGAAUUUUAUAAGAUUUUCACGAAAAUAUUA